AUGUCAUCCCCGCCUAAAGUUCUGAAGGUUGGUGUUGUGGGCAUUGGCCGAAUGGGUCAACGUCAUGCUCUCAAUGUUCUUCGUUUAGUACCUGGAGCAAAGCUGAUUUGUGCCUGUUCUCCUGCACAAGCCGAUCUCGAUUGGGCAUCUAUCAAUCUUGAACCAUAUGGAGUCAAGGUGUAUCAAACGUUUGAGGAGAUGAUUGAGACUCCCGGUCUGGAAGCCGUCAUCAUCUCCUCCAUCACGGAAUUGCAUAUGCCACAGACACUCGCCGCGUUCGAAAAGGGAAUUCAUGUUCUGUGCGAAAAACCCAUCUGCAACUCUCUUUCAGAGUUGGAAGCGCUAUGCGAGCGUGUGGAAGCGAAACCAGAGACGAAAGUAAUGGUGGCGUUUGUCCGCCGCUUUGAUGAUAGUUACCAAGAUGCCUACGCAAAUGUCAAGUCAGGCACUAUCGGGAAACCGUUUGUUUUCAGGUCUCAUGGCGCCGAGAAGCUCGACCAGAGCCCUUUUUUUCAUCAAUACCUCGCCAAGUCGGGCGGCAUCUACUUUGAUUCCGCCAUCCAUGAUAUCGACCUCGCCUUGAUGUUCCUGGGCGAGGAUUCUGUUCCUAAAUCUGUCUCGGCGAUCGGCACUGCUGAAUUCUUCCCAGACCUGAAGAAAACAGGGGAUGCAGAUAACGCAAUUGGAGUGUGCGAGUUUUGGGACGGAAAGAUGGCUCACUUUUACCAUUCGAGAAGUUCAGCCGUCGGUUAUGACAACGUCACCGAGAUUUUUGGAACCGCUGGUAAACUGACGGUGAACGCCACGCCAAGGAGAAACCGUGUGGAAAUCUGUGACAGUGAUGGUGUUGUGAAGGUCGAACCCACAGCGUCCUGGUAUGAGAGAUACAUGUCUGCGUUUGUUGUCGAGGCAAACGCAUUCGUGGACGCGAUUUUAAAUGGCCAAGAGAUGCCUAUCCCUUUGAGGUCUGCAAUAACGUCCCUUCGCAUAGCGGGAGGCUUGCAAGAAAGCUUGCGAAGUGGUCAAAAAGUCCACUUCAAUCGGCAAGGUCUGGUCGUUGGGCCGAAUGCACAGCUCUAA